GUUGUUGCUUGCACGCCCGCGCUGACGAUUUAACGCCGUCCUUUUGGGGCAGCCCUUUUGCUUGCCUGACGGUAGCAUAGGUACGCGCCACACGUGACGUUUCGGCCCAUCGAUACAAGUGAGGCUGUUCCCGCGCACGCAGGUACAGGGGCGUCUCGGAGCAUUGGCACACACGACGCAGAACAGACCCACCAAACACAGGCGCCAUGAGCAAUCCCGGACGAUACUGGCGGAGGAGAAAGGCUGAUCGAGAUGAAGAUCGCUCCUCGAGCGGCGAGCCAUCUGGCAAGACAUCACCAAGCACAUCCCCACAGACGCUGCGAGCAAAGUUGAAGACUCCCGUAGACAGGAAGCGCCCAAACAGUCCGCGAUCCAGUCCCCUUCUCCGCCGGCUCAGCACCUUCAUCAAACAGAAGAGCUCCAGCAAAUCCAAACUGUCUAGCAAAGCGAAGAAAAAGCUCAUCAAGCACGAGUUUGACCAUCUUGAGCUGACGCAGCCGACGUGGUGCGACUUGUGCGACGACAUCAUCUGGGGACUUUUGCGGCCUUGCGUCCAGUGCAAACGGUGCAUGUAUACGUGUCAUCUUGAUUGUGCGGACCAAGUGGAGCUGGCGUGUGUGCAGCGGACGGUGCAAGGACCACGUGAGCCCCACGUGCACCCGCGCCAGACGCAGGAAGGCAUCGAUGCCGGUGCCCAGGGCUUGCUCGCGUACCUUACCGCUGAGGAUGUGGCUGCGAAGGUGGACAAGUACAACUGCAACCGCACUAACAACUUUAUCGAAAUGCUGGACAACGAGCCCGGGUCCAAGAACUUCAAAGGUUACAUCCGCGUGACGCUGAACUUGACCCGCCCCAUCCGCGUGUCAUCUGACGAGUCCAUUGUCAACAACUCCCCAGAACAGAGCGAAUGCCUGGCUGUGCCCGUCUCACCAGCAAUCGCAGGCUCAUCGCAUCGGUUUUUCCGCAGCUCCGGGUCGGCGUCCAGCUCUGGCUCGCACGAGGGCGAGACGUUCUUCCUCCCCAAACACGUGUCAAAAGGCCUCUACGUCACCUCCGCAACCACAGCACAGGAGGUGAUUGCCAUCUUGCUGCGCAAGUUUCGGGUGACGAGCAACCCGAGGAAGUUUGCCCUCUUUGAACGCAACACCGCAUCCGGAAGCGAGCGGAGGUUACGGCGCUUUGAGGAGCCACUUGCGCUGCAGCUGCUGUGGGGCGAGAAGAGCGAACACUUUGAGCUCUCCUUGAAGGAGUACAACCAGGAGUAUGAGUUUCACUGGGAGGAGUUUUCGCUGGCGGAGCUGGAGAACUUCUGCACCAUCCUCGAUCGGGAAGAGCAAGCGGCCUGUGAACAGCCACUGCAGUGA